AUGUCCGCGGGAGGGCUGGGGGGCUUUCAGGUCGGGACCAGCGGUGGAAAACACCCCAGCGAUCAGGAAAAACCGAGGGUAUACCAGGGUGUCCGAGUAAAGACCACGGUCAAAGAGCUGCUGCAGAGGCACAGAGCCAGGGAGGCCAGCAACAAGAAAGUUAAAAUGAUAAACCAGGCUUGCUCGGAUGUCCAGGAUAUUUGCGGUCCCGUUUUUCCAAAUUGCUAUGUGGACCCUCCUUCCGCCGUCCCUACAUUGAACAUGAGUAAUGGUGGCGCGCGAACCCUCCAGCUGCGAGCUGCCGCGUUCGCUGUCCCCGACGGCUCGUGCGCCAUCCAGAUGCAAGGGGGGGCAUUAAACGACAAUCAGCAGCAUUUUGGGGACGUGAUGUUGCCUGGCAACGGCUUCAUCGGCAAUAACAACAGUGACAGUGGCAGCGGUAUCUGCUACAGCGCCUCCCUGCCUCCUCCUCCCACAUUACCGCUGCCCUGGUGCCAUGGACUCUCAUCAGAUGCGGACUAUUAUGGUCCUGACAUGGCUCUCUGCUCCUCGCCAGAAUCACUAAAGCUUUGCAGCCCCAUGGAUCACAACAGCUACUCACCACAAGAUUCUUUCUCCUCCUCCUCUUCUUCCUGCCAUGACUCGCCCACCAGGAUUGAGUCCAGCUACCACGGCUUUACCUCAGAGCACUACCACUACCAGUACUGCAACAGCCUGCCCCACUGCUGGUCAGUCCAGCAGCAGAACUUUUCUGCCCCUGAGUAUGCAUCAUACUGCAACACCACAGACUCUUACGCCUGCACUGUAGAGGAGAACUAUUACAGGAAAGAUUUGCAGAUGAGCUCUGAGAUGUGUUACAAUGUGCUAUGAUGGAGACAGUAAUGGUAUAUCCUCUGACUGUAAAUAUACUUCUGUGUCAGUGAGGCUGGUUGCUCUUUGUACUGGAACUUGCAUUUUCUGAACAGGCUUUUGCUUUGCUGAAGUGAAUAUGAUGAAUGCUGAAUGGAUGGAAAGUUUGACAUAAUUUGUGACUUUUUUACUACUUAAAUUUAUUUUCAUAUACAAACACUGUUUCAACAAAUAAAUAAAAUGAGGUCAGAAUUGGAAA